UUCUCUCAAAGGCUCGGGUUCCGCCGGAUCGGGCUCGGCGUCUGGAAAUAUUCCCAACACAGUUGCUACUAGCGGGAGCGGUGUCCUUGCGCAAAAUGCUGCAGCUGCGCAACCAACAUCAGGUUCAGGCGGAGGAGUUGCUACUUCCAGUACCUCCUCUACAUCAAACCAGCAUAACAAAACCGCCCCACCCCUCCCCAUCUCCGAGUACCCGCCCUGGCGGCUGCACAUCGAACGACAGUUGGAAUUCCGGAGCAUGAAGCUCAUCGCGCAACCAGAAUUUUCGGAGCUCAUCCAGCACUACCAAGCGACAAUCCUCAACUCCGCAAAUCUCACAUCCAAUUCCGGCCGGAUCUCCCGGCCGUUUUCCCCGGAUCCGAGGGUUUUUUCUAGCCAGCACCAACAGCUUGCCUCGGCAGCCCGGACUUUAUCCGGCGAAACGACCAACACAGCGAUCUCGAGUUCCCCGUCCCCGACCCUUCCGCAAGGGGGCGGAGGGAGUGGGAAUAACUUACUCGUGCCCCCGCAUCUCCACCAACCCGUGCCGUACCAACCAGGUGCAGUUGUUGGUCCGCUGCAAAACAGCGGUGGUGCUGCACAAUUAGGAAUCGUAAAUCAAGUGCAAUUCUCCAACACCGCAGUGACGGUGUCUCCCAACGGGGACCAGAUGCAGUCCCCAGUAGCGGACAUGCUGGCCGACCACGAACAGAUGCAAUUGCUGAAACAACUAGACGCGUUGCAGGUGGAGAAGCACCACGCGCAGGCGAUGCAUUUUGAAAGCGAAGACCGGGUGCGCGAGUUGGAGGAAAACCUAGAAAAUUGCCUGAGCCGCAUGUACCGGGCGGAGGAAGAAGCGAAGAGAAUGCGGAAAGAGGUCCAGGUGGCGAGGAAUCAAGCGGCCUCGUCCAGUGCAGCCCUUCAUAAUUAUGCCGCGUCGUCAACUAGUGCAAGUGCACAGCCGUCUCCAGUGGAACAGAUACAAAACGACAGUAAUACAACCAGCAAAGAGAUGCAGAGACUCGCAGACAAGAUGGAGCGACUCCUAAAGGAGAACGAACAGUUGCGAGCGAAUCUCCGGGCGAAGGAAGAUCUACACGACGCGCGGAGGCACGAGCUGCAGCUGUUAGACCACAUCGACAGGCGAUUGUUUCCGGAACAAGCGAAGACACCCGGUGGGGAGUCCACCACGACCUCGGGGGCACCAGGGUUGUCAACUUCCGCGCAGCUGGUGCCCGGCGGGAACGGUGCCAGUAAGAGUGGUUUACAUGUUGGAACUGGAAGUACUUCACUCGAGACGACAAUAGGCGGGACCGGGGCGAGCUACAAAGGUACCAGUACCACCGCAAAACAAGGCGAGUUUUCCACUACAUCGGUGCAGCGCCCUCCAGAGGGACAAGCCGCGGCUCCUCGAGGAAGUAUAAGUAGCAAAUCGGGUGUAGAACAACCCGCUUCGAUCGGCGGUUCCUCGUUGCCGUCUAGUGUAGUGCCGUCUCCUCUGGAGCCACUGCAACCACCGUCAAAUAACCCGGGAGCAGCGAGCCUGCAGCAGCAAGGUCCCCCUGCUACCACAGCUACUGACUACAUGGCAGUAGCUUACAACAACUCCCACUCCACUCCCCCAGAGCGGGUGAAACGGCAGAAGAGACUCGUGACGCCAGACAAGGAGUUGACGUGUUUUACCUGCUCUAUCCUGUGCAAAAGUAUCGUACUCGUACUAAUUGCAUUUAUGCAUUAUACAAAUCUAGUUCCUAAGGCAAAUCCGCAUUGCAAAUUCAAUUUGUAAUGCUGAGCCAAUUUGUAUUGCAAUUUAUACUAGUACGUUACUUUUGCACUUCAUAUGCUCCGUGACGGAACAGGACGCUUUUUUCGUGAUCGGAACCGACUCGGGGCAUGUUUUACUGCUCGACGCGGAGAGCGCGAAACUGCUGGCGACGCUGGAUGUGAAUGCGGUAGUACAAGAACAGCGAAUCAGGAGCGAUGAUCCUGGAGUUGUAGACAGCCCCGCAAAAAUUUCGUACGCCACCUUCUCCCCGGACCGCAGUUUGUUAGCCGUGGCGCUCGAGACUAGCGGGGAAAAUGAAUUAUCAGCGCCAACAGCUGCACUUGUUGUGCUUUUCGAGUUCCGCGAGCCGGAAGAGAAUAUCUUCGAGUUCCCGUUUCUCUGCAGCUACAAACUUACUCCAGAACCAAGCCACGACGAGGUCGUGGAACUCAAAUUCCUCGCGGAGCAACACAAUGUCAGUGCCAAUGCAGCCACUACACCUGGUAUAGGUAUUGCCCAUAACGGGACCAGCCGCUCCUCCUGGCUGCUACUUGCCGUGCAGACGCGGGAGCGCGGCGGGAUGGGUGGCAAUAAACCGCUCGGACGGUCGACGACAACGUUCUUGCAGAUCAACAACCGAGAGGAAACCAGUGGUGGUAAAACGAUCCCGAUAAUUGCGCAAGUGGCGAUGAAGGUUCUACUCCAGCAGAAAGGAGCUGGCCAAGGUCAGAUUGAAACUGACGAAGACGAAUCGUACGGCUUCACCGCAUGCGACGCAGCACACGACUUCGUUCCAGGCACGACUCCUGAUAGUACCUCAUCAGCCUCUCCUUCCUACUUCUGCCUGGGUACGAAAAAGGGCGAUCUUCUACUCGCUUCGGAGCGCAAUAUCGAGCGGCGUGGUGGAGCACCCGCUGAGGAAACGACUCUUCUGCAAAACCCUGCGGUAUACCGCAGCGUCUUUGGUGCUGGAGAGGGAGUACAGCAGGCGAGUGUGGAAGCAAUCCGGCUCUUCAACAACAGCAGUCCGCACCUGGGGCACACGUCGAGUAGCGGAAGUGGGAGUCCAGCUAACGCGCUGCGGACAAAUAGCCGACUACAAGAAACGUUGUUUAUCGCAGUCUCCGACGGGAGAGAGAAGCUACGGCUGCUUCGUGCGUCUGUUGCAGUUCAGCACCAUGUUUCCGCUGUCCCCGCCGCGACAAGUGGUUCAUCAGGUUCAACAUACGGGGUGACUGCCGCUUUCCAAGUUCUCUGGGAGUGGAGUUCGCAGCAGCGUCUGCGGGGACCUGCAUUGACACCUCCGCGCUGCUCUUCCUUGCUGGCCUUCUCAAGUUGCGGUCAGUUUCUGGUGUUUCUCGCGUCGUCUGAAUCAAGCAGCGUAGUCGUAGGAGAGCGAGAGCCGCAAGCAGAAGAGACCACGGGUACUAAACUGGCAAGCAUCGGCAAUAUUCUGUACACGAUGGAGGUAUCUUCCGGCCUGAAACUUGUGACGCAGGUUCCCGAUGUCGAGGCACCAGUCGGGUUGGACUGGAAUUUGUCUGUGAUGGUGUCGUGCCAAGACAAGGGGUUGCUGCGGCUGUGGGAUAGGAAGGAAGGUUGAGAUGAAGAACGUGCGCGCUCUGAUGUUGUGCUGUUCCUGAAAACCUGGCGCUCAACGUUUUUGCAACCUUUUGCAUUCAACUUACGCCUGCUUUACAUCUCUGCCUUUUCAGUCCAAAAUGCUUCAACUUGUUCCAGGAGUAGAACUAGAGUGAUCUACUUCUCAACAACGUACUAACUUGCUUUUGUCCUCGUACAAGACCCACAACACUUCGUCCGUUUUGUCGUCGUACAUCUAAAGCCGGUAACGUGAAGACACUACGUACCUCGUGUUGACGAAUCGUACAUGACGGAGACGAAAACGUUCAAAAUGAGAAAUUGCAUUUGCAACGUCGCCUACAAUGAAGAAUGACAACGAAAUGUUUAUCGCAGGAACGAAUUCACGUCAACCGCGACCCCUCU